AUGUCAAUAUCACCGAUUUUAACAUUCAAGGCAGGGCUAUGCGACUUCGAUACCAGCUCCUCGCCUGCAAAAGUCAAACCUCUCCCAACUCCGGGCUACCUUUACCUCUAUGCCGAAGAUGAACUGUUGCACCUGUGUUGGCGCCCGAGAGACGCUCCAUCGGACGAACCACAGCUCGACUUGUUGAUGCUCCCCACGGACGGCUCCUUCACGCCUUACCACCCAACAAGCGCUGCGAAUCCGUCAAAUACCAAGAAAGCCACCAAUGGCAGAAUAUAUGUCCUCAAGUUCACCUCGAGUUCUCAGAGAUAUCUCUUCUGGCUGCAGUCCCGAAGUCAGCACCCUCAGGGCGACCCGUCAUGGUUCAGCGCCCGAGAUUUGAAGCUCGGCCAGAUCGUGAACAAUCUGCUACAGGGCGAAGAGGUCGACGUGGAAGCACAGAUGGCUAGCAUUCCGAGGGACCAGAAUAACCCGGACGACGACGACGAGCCCAUGGAAGACGUCGAAGGCACAAAUCACGACCGCAAUCGUCGUCCGUCCCAUGGCGGUGGUGGAGCUGGUCCCGAUGCCACUGGCGGGGACAUUCGUGAGGAAGGCGAACCUUCGAGAGAAGGUGGUGCCGAUGGCGGAAGAGCGGCGGCAGCUAGUGGAGAUGCAAGCUCUCUGGUCCAAAACUUUCUACGUGCCAUGCAAGAACGCAAUCAGGGCGCGGGCGGGGGCGGCCAGCCACAGGAGCAGCUAUACACCACUCUCGCGGACUUGCUUACACCGGCCUCAACGAUACCUCUGUUGAACGCGGCUGAUGACGGACUGAUCGGUCGGCUAUGUGAAUGUCUGCCCCCGCAGCUAGUAGCUACGGCACAGGACUCGGUGGAUACAUCGGCUUUGCAAAAUCCCAAUUCGAGCGCUGAGGAGAAACAGGCUGCGCAACGAGCCCUGACCGGCGCCAGAAAGGACAUGCUACGAAGAGUUUUGCAUUCGCCGCAGUUCUCACAAAGCUUGGCCAGCCUGACGGUUGCACUGCGAGAAGGUGGUCUUCCUAUCAUUGCCGAAACGAUUAAAAUCCCGGUUCGAAACGGUGGAUAUCUUAGACAUGGCGGCGUCCCUAUGGGCGGCGGCGAAGCUGUCGAGGCUUUCGUGGAGGGCGUCCGAAAGGAUGUCGAGGACAAGCUAGCGAAGGGAGACGACGCCGCGGGUGAUCGGAUGGAGAACGACUAA